AUGAAUUUUGAUCUGCUAGAUAAGGAUAAAGGCGCCCCUUUGCUAGACAUCUGUGAUAUUUUUGAUUUUACCAAUCUAGUUAAAGGCCCGACUUGCUUCACCAGAAUAGCUAAACCAAGUCUGCUUGAUGUUUGUUUGACUAAAGAUGAUACCAAAAUUAACAAGAUAUGCAACUUUAGCUGUGGCCUCAGUGAUGUCCAUAAUUUUAUAGGUGUUCAAUUUAAAUGCAACAUCAAACAAUCAGAUAGCAAAUGGAAGAGGUGCCGUACCUUUAAAAAUUUCGAUGAAGAAUCUUUUAUAUCAGAUCUUGCGCAGGUGGAUUUCUAUUAUGAGGACCAUAAUGAUAUCAACUUAGCAUUUUCUGAUUUUAACAACAAGUUUGCAACCAUUAUAGACAAGCAUGCGCCAAUGAAAAUGAGAAAAAUAAGACCCAAUCAGGUUCCAUGCAUGAACAAAGAACUACGCAAAGCUAUCUAUAACAAAAAAAUGCUACACAACAAAUACCAAACUUGUAGGUCAAGUAAGAACUGGGAAGCCUAUAGAGUUCAAAGGAACUAUGUUACAAAGUUAAAGAAUAAAUCAGUUAAUAAUUACUUUUUGGAAAGAUGUACAGGUGGUCCGAAAUCUAAGGACUUCUGGCCCACUAUUAAACCUUUUUUAACAAACAAGGGCAGUUGUGCACAGAAAGAUACAGUCUUGUUAGAAAAUGAUGUGAUUGAAACUGACCAAUCCAAAAUACCAGGAAUCUUCAACGACUUCUUUGUUAAUGUGGCCAAAAAUAUAGGAAAUUCAAAUUUAAGCACUGAUGAUAAUCACCCAAGUGUUAAAGCAAUUAGGGAAAACUUGCCACAACUCAGUGAUCAAUCUUUCCAAUUUAAACCUAUUGAUGAAGAAUUUAUAAGUAAACAAAUUAGUAAGAUCAAUACCAGAAAAGCUACGGGUAUAGACGGGAUUUCCCCAAAGAUACUACAUUACGCGAAGCCUGUUAUUAUCAGUCCCUUGACCAAACUGGUAAAUAUGUCGCUGUCAUCCUCAGUUUUCCCAGAUUCCCUUAAAAUAGCCCAAGUAGUCCCUAUUCACAAAAAGAACAGUGUCUUAGAUAAGGGAAACUAUAGACCAGUUAGCGUCCUCCCAGCUCUUUCCAAGGUUUUUGAAAAUGCAAUUAACACCCAAAUAUCGAACUAUUUUGAGAAAAUUUUUAACCCUUAUUUAGCGGCAUUUAGAUCAGGGUAUGGCUGCCAAUCGACCUUAUUAAGAAUCACCGAGGAUUGGAAGAGAGCUCUUGAUGAAAAUAAAUAUGUUGCUGCUAUUUUAAUGGACUUAUCCAAGGCAUUUGACUGCCUCCCUCAUGAUCUUGUUCUGCUCAAACUAAAAUCUUAUGGUCUCUCUCCACCUGCG